AUGUGGAAAAAACUCGGCGAGUCUUUGUCCGGAGAUAAUGAAGAACAAGAGGAGAGCUUGUUGGGUGGGGAAUCAAGUAGCCUCUCUACAACACAGAGACUUUAUGCAUUUGCUGCUUGCUCGAUUGCUGGUCUCGUUUUAAUGUUACUGUCUAUGAUUGUUUUUGCCAAACCCAUCAAAUUUGCCAUAUUGUUCACCUUUGGCAACCUAUUAGCAGUUGGAAGUACAGCCUUUCUUCUUGGACCGGCACAACAAAUGGAAAUGAUGUUUGACCCUGUUCGUGUUUUUGCAACUUCCAUCUACCUUGGAUGUGUGGUUAUAGCACUUAUUUGUGCUCUCUUGAUCCAUAGCAAGGUGUUGACAUUACUUGCAAUCAUCAUUGAGAUUGGCGCAUUUAUUUGGUAUAGCCUAAGUUAUAUCCCUUUUGCUCGAAGAAUGGUUUCCAAUUUGAUGAUCAAAUUAUGUGAUACAGAGCUCUAA